GCAGGCGCGCAGGGGGAGGCGGGCCUGGAGCCCGCCGGGUGACGGCCGGGUCACGUGGCGCUGCGGCCGGGCAGCGCGCGCCGCGCGGGGAGGGGGCGAGCGCCGCCGCGGGAUUGCCAAAGUUGUGUGAUUUUGAAUGCAGACAGAGACUAGAAAUUGGAAUACUCUUUCCAUUUCUUCGGAUAACAAGUGGCAAUGCAACGGAGACAGGGAAGAGUUAACGCCGGGCUGCUCUUGCUGCUUUAUCAAAUUUCUCAAGUUGGACUCCAGAACAUUCCUUCUGUUACCCUUGGGGUGCUGGUGCUGAACGUUUUCCUCUUCCUCAACCCUCUGAAGCCACUCUCUGAGGUGUGCAUCAGUGUAAACGAAGGCUUCCACAGACGGGAUUGGCAGCGCUUGUUGCUUUCUCCUGUUCACCACGCAGAUGACUGGCACCUGUAUUAUAACAUGGUGUCCAUGCUUUGGAAGGGGAUCAUGCUGGAAAGAAAACUUGGGAGCUCAUGGUUUGCCUACAUAAUUGUGGUGUUUUCAGUGCUGGUUGGAGUUGUGUAUAUAGCACUGGAGUUCAUGCUUGUGAAGAUCCUGAGUGAUCCUUCGUAUGAAAUGAACUGUGCUGUAGGAUUUUCAGGUGUCUUGUUUGCUUUGAAAGUUCUGAACAAUUACUACAACCCAGGAAGAGUCAGCAGCGUCCUUGGGUUCCAGAUACCCAAUAAAUAUGCUUGUUGGGCAGAGCUGGUGGCUAUUCAUUUGAUCUCCCCAGGGACUUCUUUUGCUGGGCAUCUGGCAGGGAUUCUUGUUGGACUGAUGUACACUAUGGGACCUCUGAGAAAGGUCAUGAAAGCCUUUGCAGGUGGCUUUUUAUUCACUGACCUGACCAGGCCAAGGGAUUACUACUAUUACUCAGAGUCCUCUGGAUAUCCAGGUUACCAGCACAGAAUGCCAAGGAACUAUUACGAUUACACUGGGGGGCUCAGUGAAGAAGAGCAGCUCGAGAGGGCAGUGAUGAACAGCCUGCAUGAGAGAGAUUCUGGUGGAGCAACACACAGUGACGAGCGGCGACCCUACGGCUUUUGGUUCCCCCCCGAGCAGCAUUCAGAGGAGGAAAUGCGAAGGCAAAGGCUCCGUAGGUUUGAGAGACGCUGAAAUAGCAAGGGUUGAUGUGAAAUGCAAAGUGCCCUUCAGAGUUGCCAAAAGAUUUGUACAUUUGUGUUUGUAAUUUGCAGA